AACAGGCUGAUCUCUAACAGGGGCAAGCCUUAGAUUGCUAGGGAAGUCCAAAACUCCAGUGUUAUCAGCUGAGCCAGAGAGUCUGACAUCUGUGUGGUGGUGCUGCUGCAUUGUCUUUCUGUUUCUGGAUACAGUAUUGAAUAUUUUUUUAUUAUUAUUAUAAUAUUUUUUAUUAUUAUUUUGUGUGCGUCUAUGUGACCGCACUCGAAUAAAAACAGCCUGCAUUUCAACAUCAGCAGGAUUCAAUGCCUUCUUCAUUACAGUCAAGGAUGGAUGUUCUACUGUGGAUGUUUUGUUUUAUCAUUAGCCAAAUUCUUGCCAUCAAUGGUAUAGAGAAUUCAAGAACUGUUGUGAGGACAUAUGAUAACAGCAGAUCUGUUCUGCACAGACACAAAAGAGAUUGGAGAUGGAAUACACUGUAUACUGAUGAAGAAAAAAAAACAACUCUACCACAUUUAAUUGGAAAGCUGUCGUCCACAAACGUCAACGGAAGUGCAAGGUUUGUUAUAGAGGGAGAAGGAGCUAAUACCAUUUUUAAAGUGGAUGAUCUUGGUGAUAUUUAUGCCUGGAAGACACUGGAUCGGGAAGAAAAGUCCAUCUAUCAUCUCCAAGCUCAAAUCUUUGACAAAAAAACCAACAAACAGUUGGAACCAACAUCAGAGUUUGAGAUCAAGCUCAAUGACAUCAACGACAAUGCUCCUAGAUUCACACACAAUAUAUAUAAUGGCUCUGUUAAAGAGAUGUCUAAACCAGGAACCAGCGUGUUGCAAGUAAUAGCUGUAGAUCCAGAUGACUCCUCAGUGUCAGGCCAUGCCAGGGUCAUGUACAGUAUCAUUAAAGGAGGAGAGAAAUUCCGUAUUGAUUUAAACACAGGAAUCAUUACAUCAUCCAAUAUGUUGGACAGAGAACAACAGAAAACCUAUGAAUUGAUUGUAAGGGCUAAGGAUAUGCCAGGUUAUGAAGGAGGCUUUUCAAGCACUGCAUCUGUAAUAAUUACACUGGAAGACAUAAAUGACAAUGUGGCAACAUUCACAAAGAAACAGUACACACUUUCUGUGUUAGAAGAUAGACCUAUUGGAUCUGAGGCUGGGAUGCUCCAAAUUGAAGAUAAAGAUGAGCCACAGAACACAAAUCCAGUGUUCAGUUUUGUGAAACGAGAUUUUAGGGGUCUCUUUGAUGUUGUUUCAGACAAUAUCACAAAAAAUGCAGUCAUUGUUUUAAAACAGCUCCUUGACUAUGAAAAAGUGAAGACGUACACUAUGGAAGUUGAAGUGACUGAAAAAACUACAGUCCCCCCUGGUAAAAGGGAUCCACAGGUUAACGCCAGGGCGAUGGUGUUUCUCAAUGUUUUAGAUGUCGACGAGCCUCCUGUUUUCCAGCGUCCUUCUUACUUCUUCAGUAUUUUUGAGAACGCCUCCCUUGGCACUCAUGUUGGCUCUGUUUUUGCGUCGGAUCCAGAUGAAGCCCAGAAAACUGUAAGAUACUCCAUCAACGGAGGAAAUGUAGUCACGAUUAACAGAGACUCUGGAUCUAUUAAAACAAGUAAUAACCUGGACCGGGAGAUGAAUGCCUGGCACAAUGUCACUAUCACUGCAGUAGAAGAUGGUCCUGGAGGUAAAGAAUCCACAGUUUCUAUGUUCUUGAAGGUUCUUGAUAUAAAUGACAAUUAUCCAAAAUUGGAUUAUGAAUAUGACCUCUUUGUAUGUGCAAAUGCCAGACCUGGAAAGGUAAUACAGACAAUUGCUGCCAGUGACAAAGAUGAAAUGACUACUGGACAAAAAUUAAGCUUCUAUUUAGAUCAUGCCCACAGUAACUUCUCACUUGUGGACAAUCAUGACAACACAGCGAACAUUACUUUAAAACAAGGGGGCUUCAAUCCAGAUGAAAAGAAAACAUAUUUCCUUCCUGUCGUCAUCUCUGACAAUGGCAGGCCCCAGCUCAUAAGCACCUACACCCUGGAGAUCGUGGUCUGUGGAUGUGACGCAAAUGCAGAAGCAGAGCCCUAUUCCUGUAGGGGAGCCUACGUACAGACCGGAGUUAGCGUCCACGCCCUUACAGUCAUUCUACUCUGCAUCCUCGCCAUUUUAGUCAUUACAUUGUUAAUUGUCAUGAGAAGAAAAUUCAAGAAAGACUCACUGGUCAGUUUGGGAAAGAGCUCCGGAGAAAUCCACGAGCAGCUUGUGUCGUAUGAUGAAGAAGGGGGCGGGGAAAUGGACACUAACGGUUACGACGUCUCUGUGCUCAACUCAGUACGGCACAGCAGCAUGAGGCCUAGACCGGAGGCACAGCCUGGGCCUUGCCUAUACGCAACAGUCCAGAAGCCUGUAGCAAAGGGGGGCAUGGCCGUCAUGAUUGAAGUGAAGAAGGAUGAAGCUGACCACGACCGAGAUGGGAUCCCCUAUGACACGCUGCACAUCUACGGAUACGAAGGAUCAGAGUCUCUGGCCGAGAGUCUCAGCUCCCUAGAAUCUGCUUCAUCCAACUCUGACAUGGACUAUGACUUCUUAAACGACUGGGGGCCUCGCUUUAAAACAUUAGCCGAACUCUAUGGUGUAGACGGAGCUGAGAACGGCUAUGAAUAUUAAUUCUUCAACAUUUAUUAUUGUUGUUAUUUUUUUUAUUUAUUUUUUUUGGGGGGGGGG